AUGUCAGAUAAAGUAAAUGGGUUACCCGAGGACCAAGCAUGGCAAGAGCUGAAGCUUCCAGAAUUGCUGAACAGUGAUGCUGUUAGAGAAAUUCAUGCAACUAUUGAGAAGGAAUGGGAUUUUCUUCAAAGGUCAGCUUGCCAAACUGCUGCGGGAAGGGCUCUGUGGAAGCAUGCCAUCCAGGAUCCAUUGGCUGAUUUACUGGCAGGGGAGACUUACUUGAGAAACCUCCACGAAAAGAUCAAGAAAGACCGUCUCAACAAUGCUCGUGAAAUUUCUGGAGUCAUUCUUGCUGUUCGAACCCUUUGGUUUGAUUCUAGGCUAGAAGAUGCCCUUAAUUCCCCAAGUGGCAGAGAAGCUCAGGUUGUUCUCCUUGGUGCAGGAAUGGACACGAGAGCAUAUCGUUUGAGUUGCUUAAAGGACAGUGAUGUGUAUGAGGUGGACUUUUCAGAAGUGUUGGAUGUAAAAACCACUAUUUUACAAGCGGCUGAGGACUCUGCAUACGAGUCGCAGCAUAUUAUGUCCAAAGCCAAAUCCUUAACAAGAGUAGCAGCCGACAUAAGAGAAAGUGACUGGAUGGAAAAGCUUGAGAUUGCAGGAUACAUGGCUCAAAAGAGCACUGUUUGGAUUCUAGAAGGUAUCCUCUACUACCUCACCCAAUCUCAAGCCAUGCAAGUGCUGAGAAUUUUAGCAAACAAAUGCGCCUUAACCCACACAGUCCUCUUAGCAGACUUCAUGAAUAAGCCAUCAACCACUCUAUCCAAUUCUGCCUUCCAAUUUUACAGCGAUUGGCCAGACCAUCUCUUGCCAUCCAUAGGGUUCACUCAUGUAAAACUUUCACAAAUUGGAGACCCAGAUGCUCAUUUUGGUCUCCUAAGUGAUCCAUUGAAUCUCUUCAACAAGCUCCGCAGCUUGCCCAGAUCGUUACAAACCAAUCCAGACGAUGGAAAGCCAUGCUGCCGAUUGUACUUGGUGGAAGCUUCUGGUUCACCUGAUCAAAACCAUUCAUUUAAUGGCCCAACCACCCAUGCCUGA